AUGGAUCCGGGAGCUCCUCCAGGCCAAGAUUUCACCAUCAACCCAGAUGCCAUUGUGUGGCCUGACCAGACAAUCCCUUCCACAAGGUGCGUAGAGAGCUGCUCUCCAGGGCACAACAGAAGAGUCCCAGAGGGGAAGCAGGUUUGCUGCUAUGAAUGUGUCCUUUGUCCAGCCGGGACAUUUUCCAACCAGUCAGAUGCCAUUGACUGUGCCCAGUGCCCAGAAGAUCAAUAUCCAAACAAGAACCAGUACAUGUGUAUCCCCAAAAAUAUCAACUUUCUUUCCCAUCAAGAGAUUUUGGGAUCUGUUUUAGCUUCACUUGCCCUUUCUUUCUCUCUGAUCACAUCUUUAGUGUUGGCAAUGUUCGUUAAAUACCGGGAUACCCCAAUAGUCAAAGCCAACAACCGAGACCUCACCUACAUUCUCCUCAUCUCUCUCCUGCUCUGCUUCCUCUGUUCCUUACUGUUUAUUGGUCAACCCAGGAAACUCACCUGUCUUCUCCGACAAACUGCUUUUGGCAUAAUUUUCUCUGUUGCUAUUUCUUCCAUACUGGCAAAAACCAUCACAGUGGUUCUGGCUUUCAUGGCCACCAAGCCUGGGAACAUGGCAAGAAAAAUAUUGGGAAGACCAUUGACAAACUCUAUUGUCCUAUCCUGCCCCCUCAUUCAGGCUCUUAUCUGUGCUUUCUGGCUGAUAACCUCUCCUCCAUUCCCUAACACAGACUUCCAUUCCCUGGCUGGAGAGAUUGUAAUAGAAUGUAAUGAAGGCUCAGUCACUAUGUUUUACACUGUUCUGGGUUACAUGGGUUUCCUAGCUUUCAUCAGCUUCACAGUGGCUUUCCUAGCUAGGAAAUUGCCCAACAGUUUUAAUGAAGCUAAAUUUAUCACCUUCAGCAUACUGGUGUUCUGCAGUGUUUGGGUUUCCUUCGUGCCAACCUAUCUAAGCACCAAGGGUAAAUUCAUGGUGGCCAUGGAGGUCUUCUCCAUCUUGGUCUCCAGUGCUGGCCUCCUGGGAUGCAUCUUUCUCCCAAAAUGUUACAUUAUUAUUCUGAGGCCCAAUCUCAAUACCCGAGAUCACCUAAUGAGGAAAAAGAAUUUGGGAAUCUAA